AUGUCGGCCUGCGCGGGGUUCAUCGACGCCGUGGAGGUUGAGGGCGACGACGGGCCCGACAGCGUCUCCACCAUGACGCUCAGCCCGGCGGUGGCGGAGCUAUCAGGCUCGGGCGUGAUGAGGAGCCGCGUGGUGGCGCGCGACAACGCGGCCAGGGUGAUCAAGACGGAGAUGCUGGAGGGCGGCAAGGUGAGCGGCCAGCUCAAGUCGCAGGUGGUCGAGAUGAAGCUCGAGCCGGCCGGGGACGGUGCUUGUGUGGCGAAGCUCAGGGUGGAGUACGAGAGGCUCGACGGCGGCGGGGCGCUGUCGGCGGAGGACCAGGUGGCUAUCGCCGCCGGGUACCUCGACCUGCUCAAGAUGGUCGAGGCAUACCUGGUCACCCACCCUGCCGAAUACGCCUAA